AUGCCUAUCGCAGCAGAAAUCCCAAUUCUAGUCGGCGUCGGCGAGAUCAACGACCGCGCCGCCAAAGGACGAGACGAUGCCGCCGAACCGCUGACCCUUAUGCUGCGGGCCAUCGGCGCCGCCAUUCAAGACACCACACUCACCACUGAUGCCGCUCAAAAGCUGCAGUCGGCCAUCGAAAGUGUCUCUGUCGUUGCAAAUUGGACGUGGCCUUAUCCCGAUGCGCCGGGGCUGCUGGUAAAACGGCUGGGAUUGCCUGGUGCGGUCCACACCGUUGAGAGCCAUCAUGGAGGCGAUUCACCUGUUCAAUCUGGGAUCGAGAACGGCCAGAGGAAGCUCACAGAAUUAGACCUGGGUAGCCGACACUUCCUAGGGGCCCCAAUCCAAGUAUAUCCCCUCUACGAAGCAGCUUUCCGAGCGCACAAUAAGCAGACUCUAUCAGAAAAUCACAAAGAGUCAGCGGAGCUGUACGCUGAGUUCGCUCAGACCGCUGCUAAACUCCCUUUCUCUUGGUCCUAUGGUCAGAAACCAGAGACGGCAGAGUCGAUCGGGAACGUGACGAAACGCAACCGCAUGAUUUGCUCGCCAUAUCCCCUACUCAUGAAUGCUUUCAACACGGUCAACCUGGCUGCUGCCUGUAUCAUCACCACGACAACCUUCGCCCGUGAACUAGGUAUACCAGAGAGCAAGUGGAUAUACCCGCUAGGAGGCGCAGGCACAAGCGAUAGCAGCCGAUUCUGGGAACGACCAUUCUUCCACGCCAGUCGCAGUCUUUCCCAGUCUCUGGACGCAGCCCUCAAAAUAACGGAGCUACGGACGGAUGAUAUCGACCUCUUUGACAUUUAUUCAUGCUUCCCAAUCGUCCCCAAGCUCGCAGCCCAUCACCUUGGCCUCCCUCUCCACGGCACCAAACCCAUAACCGUCCUGGGAGGCCUGACCUCAUUCGGCGGAGCUGGGAAUAAUUACUCUAUGCAUGCGAUUACAGAAAUGGCCCGCCAACUUCGCACCCGCAAGCAAGCUUCAUCCAAGGCACAAAACGGCCUCGUCCUCGCCAACGGCGGCGUCCUCUCCUAUCACCACACAGUCAUCCUUUCAACACGGCCGCGGCAGGACGCAGAUUAUCCGAUGUGGAAUCCACUUCCAUCGAAUGUAGACGAGGAACAUCCUCCUAUCAAGGAGCAGGCAGAAGGGGGUGGUAUUAUUGAGACAUAUACAGUUCAGUUCGGCCGCGAUGGUUCCCCGGUCAUGGGUUUCGUGGUGGGCCGGCUCCUUGAUAGAUUUGGAAAUGGGAAUGGGGAUCGGUUUAUUGCGAAUGUGGAGGAUGCAAACACACUCCAGCAGCUUUGCAGUGGUACCGAACAGGUUGGGAAACAGGGCUGGGUAUCCACGAAGGACGGGAGGAAUUUGUUUGUUUACAAGCAAGCGAAGAUAUAG